AGAACCUGCACAGGUGAAGAAACUGCUUAGAUUCGCACCCAUGUGAUGGAGUCUUCCCACUUAGAUGUGCCGCCUGCAGGAGGAGAGAAACCAUACGCGUGUGAUACGUGUGGACACAGAUUCGCACUAGAGGAGCAUCUGCGGACCCACGCGCUUAUUCACACAGGAGAGAAACCAUAUGCGUGUGAUGUUUGCUCACAUGCCAGCACUACCUCUGAUAAUCUCAAGAGUCACAUGCGCACACAUGGAGAGAAACCCUACAUGUGUGACAUAUGCAGUUACAGGUGCCGCCAACUAACCAGUCUUAAGGCACACAUGCGAACUCACACAGGAGAGAAACCUCAUGUGUGUGAUAUUUGUUUAUAUUCAUGUUCUAAAUUAAGUUGUAUGAAAGUGCACUUUCGAACUCACACAGGAGAGAAGCCAUAUGCAUGUGAUACGUGUGACUACAGAUGCUCUGAAGUGGCUAAACUCAAGCGACACAAACGCAUUCAUACAGGAGAGAAACCCUACUUGUGUGACAUUUGUUCAUAUUCAUAUUCUCACUUGAGAGGUUUGAAGGUGCACUUUCGAACUCACUCAGGUGAAAAGCCAUAUGCAUGUGACAAAUGCGAGUACAAAUGUACGUCAUCCAAAUCUCUUAAGCAACACAAGGGCAUUCAUACAGGAGAGAAACGCUAUGCAUGUGAUACCCGUCUGAAGGUGCACUUUCGAACUCAUUCGGGUGAAAAGCCCUAUGCAUGUGACAAAUGCGAGUACAAAUGUACGUCAUCCUCUGCUCUCCAGGCACACAAGCGAACUCACACAGGAGAGAAACCCUACAAGUGCGCUCAACUAUCCAGUCUUAAGACACACAUGCGCUCUCACACGGGAGAGAAACCCUUUGCAUGUGAUACGUGUGAUUAUAGAUGCUCUAGUAUGACUCACCUCAAGGAACACAAGCGCAUUCACACAGGCGAAAAGCCUUAUGCAUGUGACACAUGUGACUACAGGUGCGCUCAACUAUCCAGUCUUAAGACACACAUGCGCUCUCACACGGGAGAGAAACCUUUUGCAUGUGAUACGUGUGAUUAUAGAUGCUCUAGUAUGACUCACCUCAAGGAACACAAGUGCAUCGUGUAGCUAUAGUACGUUUGACUUUUGCCAUUCGUUGUUUGGCAAUGGAAUACCCUGG